AGCAAGAAAGCAACAGGCUGUGAACGACAGAGAGCAGACCACUCCGCAGCAGCCCUUUUACUUUCUAGCAACCAUGUCUGCAGCGAACAGUGAGACGUUCGGCUUUGCCGCCGACAUUUCCCAGCUCUUGGACCUUAUCAUCAACACCUUUUACAGCAACAAGGAGAUCUUCCUUCGUGAGCUCAUCUCCAAUGCAUCAGACGCACUCGACAAGGUCCGGUAUGCGGCGCUGACCGACCCAUCGGUGCUGGAGACGGAGAAGGACCUGUACAUUCGCAUUACCCCGGACAAGGAGAACAAGAUCCUCUCCAUCCGUGACACCGGUAUUGGUAUGACCAAGGCAGACCUGGUCAACAACAUCGGCACAAUCGCCAAGUCCGGCACUAAGGCUUUCAUGGAGGCCCUCUCCUCGGGCGCAGACAUCUCCAUGAUUGGCCAGUUUGGCGUCGGCUUCUACUCGGCCUACCUUGUCGCGGAAAAGGUGCAGAUCAUCACCAAGAACAACGACGACGAGCAGUACAUCUGGGAGAGCGCCGCCGGCGGUACCUUCACCAUCACACAGGACACGGUCAACCCAUCGAUCGGCCGCGGCACCGAGCUGCGCCUGUACAUGAAGGAGGACCAGUUGGAGUACCUCGAGGAGCGCAAGAUCAAGGAGAUCGUCAAGAAGCACUCUGAGUUCAUUUCGUACCCCAUCCAGCUCGUCGUCACCAAGGAGGUCGAGAAGGAGGUCGAGGAGGAAGAGGAGGAGGAGGCGGACGAGGGUGAUGAGAAGAAGCCCAAGAUCGAGGAGGUGGACGACGAGGAGAGCAAGAAGAAGAAGGAGAAGAAGAAGGUCAAGGAGACUACCACCGAGAACGAGGAGCUCAACAAGACCAAGCCGCUCUGGACGCGCGACCCGAAGAACAUCACCAACGAUGAGUACGGUGCGUUCUACAAGUCGCUCACCAACGACUGGGAGGACCACCUGGCGGUCAAGCACUUCUCCGUCGAGGGUCAGCUGGAGUUCAAGGCGCUGCUCUUCGUGCCCAAGCGUGCGCCGUUUGACAUGUUCGAGACCAAGAAGAAGCGCAACAACAUCAAGCUCUACGUCCGCCGCGUCUUCAUCAUGGACGACUGCGAGGACAUCAUCCCCGAGUGGCUCGGCUUUGUUAAGGGCAUUGUUGACUCGGAGGACCUGCCACUGAACAUCUCGCGUGAGACGCUGCAGCAGAACAAGAUCCUGAAGGUGAUCCGCAAGAACAUCGUCAAGAAGGUGCUCGAGAUGAUCGGCGAGAUCCAGGACGACGAGGACAACUUCAAGAAGUUCUACGAGGCCUUCGGCAAGAACCUCAAGCUCGGCAUCCACGAGGACUCGACGAACCGUGCCAAGCUCGCGGAGUUCCUGCGCUUCUCGUCGACCAAGAAUGGCGACGACAUGACGUCGCUGAAGGACUACAUUACACGCAUGCCCGAGGUGCAGAAGAACAUCUACUACCUCACCGGCGAGAGCCUGCAGAGCGUGCGCGACUCGCCGUUCCUUGAGGCACUCAAGAAGAAGGGCUUCGAGGUCCUACUGAUGGUUGACCCGAUCGACGAGUACGCCGUGACGCAGCUGAAGGAGUUCGAGGGCAAGAAGCUCGUCUGCGUCUCCAAGGAGGGGCUCGAACUCGAGGAGACCGAGGAGGAGAAGAAGCAGCGCGAGGAGGAGGCCAAGGCUUUCGAGGAGCUUUGCAAGAACGUCAAGGACAUCCUCGGAGACAAGGUCGAGAAGGUCGUGAUCACCAACCGCCUCGUCGGCUCGCCAUGCGCACUCGUCACGGGUCAGUUUGGCUGGUCGUCCAACAUGGAGCGCAUCAUGAAGGCACAGGCGCUGCGCGACACAAGCAUGUCACAGUACAUGGCGUCCAAGAAGACCUUUGAGCUCAACCCCAGGAACGCCAUCAUCAAGGAGCUCCAGGUAAAGAGCGGCGCAGACAAGAACGACGCGACCGUCAAGGACCUCACCUGGCUCCUGUAUGAGACUGCUCUGCUCACAUCCGGCUUCAGCCUCGAGACGCCGCAAGACUUUGCCAACAGGCUCUUCAAGCUCAUCUCGCUCGGCCUCUCCAUCGACGACACUGGCCUCGACGCCGUCGAGGACACCAACAACAAGGACGCUGUUGAGGAGAUCGCCGGCGAGAGCGCCAUGGAGUCGAUCGACUAGGUGCAUGGUUCGGUUGGCGCAAGUUGAUGAUACUUAAAACGCAUGUAGAGAGUACCUUCCUACCUUUGUUCUCGAUUUCAUUCUGGAUUCGAUAGUUUGUUUCUUUGGCUC